AUAGACCCAUCUUUGUCGGCCUCAUCAUUGAAAGGUAGCCAACCUUAUAUAGGGCUACAUCCCGAUUUUUCAUCUUUGUCAGGUUGGGUUUCUCCAGAACGGUCGUACAUCUAAUACCUGAGUGUAGAGCCGAUACUGAGUCGUGACAGCUUGGGAGGAAAGAUGUUUCGCUUAUUCAUCUCGAUCGUGCUGUUGGGUCUUAUGCAAGCCCAAACACAGGAUCAGACUCUAGUUCCAGGUUCAUAUGGGCCUGAAGUGGUGCAAGCAGUGGUCAAUAGAGUCCGAGAGUCGUGUCUGUUCCAAGAUGACAAGCUGUUCCUCAGACGCCUGGCCUAUGUGGCAUCACAAGAUGGCAAAGACGUUAAGACCUACAGACCAGGCUACGAUGGGGGCAUAUGGCAGAUCGACCAGGACAAGUUCAACAUGAUCAAGAACACUGGCACCCUGUUCUCGGGCGUCAACACACAAUUUGCCAUCGACUGGAGCACGGUUCAGUGGUCAGAUCUCAGAAAGCCUCUGUACUCCGGGCUCGCUGCUGCUCUCUACCUGUCUACUAUUAGCGAACCCCUCCCACAGGGUGUGGAGAAACAAGGCUCUUUCUAUGGGAAAUACUUCUUCGUUGAUCCCCAUGCUGCAAACCUUUUCUAUAGGGGUUCAAAAAGUUUUGAUACCGUCUGUGCAAGAACUAACCUUGACCUCGCUUUCCUGGUGGAUGCCUCGUCUAGCCAGUCUCCGGAGGAUUUCGAAAGUGCCAAAAAGUUUGCACAUGAAGUCGUCGACAACUUUCAAAUUGGCACAGAUGAUGUCCGUGUUGCUUUCGUGACAUUCAGCACCGGCUUCAAAUCCCAGUUUGACUUCAGGCAAUACAGCAACAAAGCUGCUCUCCAAAAAGCCAUUGAUGGCAUCGUUAUGGACAAUGGGGAAACAGAUACCAAUCUAGCUCUGAACUACGCUUCUGGACACCUCUUCACGCCAGCCAUGGGUUCCAGAGACGGGGCGUCUAAAGUGAUAAUCCUCCUAACGGAUGGCCGGUCUAGUGACCCGACGCAAACCAUUUCAGCAGCUUUGGGCGUACGCAGCAAAGGAAUCACCAUUUUCGCCAUCGGUGUAGGCGACGGCAUUGACAGCCAAGAACUGAGAAGUGUUGCUAACAAGCCCUACUGUACGCAUGUGAUAGAGCUGAAAGGCUACUCCGACCUUGGUGCUCUUGUUGGCCAAAUUCAGCAGGUGUCGUGUUUAGCACCAGCUGUUCUGAAUCCGGGCGCCUUUAAGUAUCCUUGCUCGAGUGGCGGUCUGUACCAGAUCUUUACCAACGAGUCUCUGGUACAAGUAAUGAUUGACGUUACAGAUGGUAUGGUGGAUAUCUAUGGAUCGCUGAAUAAUCCAACACCUAACCAAGCCGGGAGUGACUUUGUCAGCAAUUCAGUGGUGAGUGCAGCGUCUGUGGUUUUGAUCAACCAGGAACUGAAGCCACUGUACCUCAACAUCACACCUACGGGGCCGCCGAAUGGCUGCACCGGCAACUUCACUAUUAAGAUCGGCAACGUUCAGAGAGUCAACCCAAAUGUUAACGUUACAUGCAUAGAGCAUGACGUUACUAGAGCCUGCUCUGUGGCCAACAUAUACGAGCAUCUGUACCACUACCAACAACCCCCCUACAACUUCGCCAGUCCCUGUACAGCUGGAAGGCCUGGCUAUAUGAUUCACCCAUUCGACCAGACCAAGUUCAUCAUGUGUGGGCAAACCGGAAUCGCCUAUGUCUAUCAGUGUGAUGCCCAUUACGUAUACGACCAGACCACCAUGGACUGUAUCCCCGGAGAGCCGAGUACCCAAGUCCCAAAAGCGACGCCAACAGCAACCAUCCCUGCAGUCACCUUCACAUCCCGUGUGACAGACGCCAUUCCUGGCACGGGCCCUUGCAACGCAGGCACGAAGGGUCAGUUCUUCCCUUACCCUGAGAAUAUCGCCAAAUACAUAGACUGUUCCAACUGGCCUCAUUACGGCUACGUCAAGGACUGCGACAAGGGAAAGUAUUGGGACCAGAAAAUCCUCACCUGUACUUACGGGAAAUACGUCAUUGAUCCAGCCACUAACAAGUUCGACAAGAAUGUUCCUAACCCGUGUCGAAAUCCGACGAAGCAAGGGGAUCUCUUCUACUACCCCCAUCCUGAUGAACACAUGUUCAUCCAAUGUGAUGCAUUCGGAGACGGUUUUGAGAAGCACUGCAAUGGCACGGAGGUGUGGAGUCAGGACAAACUGACGUGCAUGCCAUCACAACAAGUCAUAAUUGAGGUCCUGUUUUCGGUACAUGAGUGUGCCUUCAUCUCGAAUGCUGCCAGAGUAGCCAUGACAUCGUCGGUGUUCGCUUGCUGGGUGUUUCUGGUCGGGCUGGCGUUGGGCCAGGAUCAGACUCGAGUUCCAGGGACAUUUGGGGAAGAGGUUGUCGACGCUGUGGUGAACAGGAUCCGGGAAUCUUGUAUUUUCCCCCACGACAAGCUUUUCCUCAGACGCCUGGCCUACGUGGCUACACACGAUGGAACAAACGCAACGACGUACAGAGCAGGCUACGAUGGAGGCAUAUGGCAGAUCGACCAGGACAAGUUCAAUAUGAUCAAGAACUCUGGCACCCUGUUCUCGGACGUCAACACACAUUUUGCUAUCGACUGGAGCACGGUUCAGUGGUCAGAUCUCAGAAAGCCUAUGUACUCCGGGCUCGCUGCUGCUCUCUACCUGUCUACCAUUCCCGAACCCAUCCCACAGGGUGUGGAGAAGCAAGGCUCUUUCUAUGGGAAAUACUUUUAUGUUGAUCCCCAUGCUGCAAACCUUUUCUAUAGAGGUUCAAAAGGUUUUGAUCAAAUCUGUUCAAGAACUGACCUUGACAUUGCCUUCUUGGUGGAUGCCUCAUCAAGUCAAGCACCGGAGGAUUUCGAUAGUGCCAAAAAGUUUGCACAUGAAGUCGUCGACAACUUUCAAAUUGGCACAGAUGAUGUCCGUGUUGCUUUCGUGACGUUCAGCACCGGCUUCAAAUCACAGUUUGACUUCAGGCAAUACAGCGACAAAGCUGCUAUCCAGAAAGCCAUUGAUGGCAUCGUUAUGGACAAUGGGGAAACAGAUACCAAUAUAGCCCUGAACUUCGCUUCCGAACACCUCUUCACGCCAGCCAUGGGAUCCAGAGACGGGGCGUCUAAAGUGAUUGUUCUCCUGACGGAUGGCCAGUCGAGUUACCCGUCGAAAACCCUUUCAGCAGCUUUGGGAGUACGCAGCAAAGGAAUCACCAUUUUCGCCAUUGGUGUAGGCGACGGCAUUGACAGCCAGGAACUGAGAAAUGUUGCUAACAAGCCCUACUGUACCCAUGUGAUAGAGCUGAAAGGCUACUCCGACCUUGGUGCUCUUGUCGAUCAAAUUCAGCAGGUUUCUUGUAAAGCACCCGCUGUUCUUACACCUGGCGGGUAUACGUAUGCCUGCUCCAAAGGCGGUUUGUACCAGAUUGUAACAAAUGGCUCGCUGGUACAAGUAACGGUUCAGGUCUCUGAUGGAAUGGUGGACAUCUAUGGUUCGCUAAAUAACCCAACACCAAACAAAGCAGACACCGACUUUCUCAGCAAUUCAAAGGUCGGUGUAGGAUCUGUGGUUCUGAUCGACCAGGAACUGAAGCCACUGUACCUCAACAUCACACCUACAGGGCCGCCGACUGGCUGCACCGGCAACUACACCAUCAAGAUCGGCAACGUUGAAAAAGUCCAGCCAAGUGUGUCUGUCACAUGCGUCGAGCGAGACACGUCCAGACCUUGCGAUAUUUCGAACGUAUACAGACACUUCUACCACUACUAUGUACCCCCGUACUACUUCAACAAUCCCUGUACGCCUGGUCGACCAAGCUUUAUGAUACACCCAACUGACCAGACCAAGUUCCUCAUCUGUGGACCAACCGGUGUCUACGAGUUCCAGUGUCGUUCUCAUUACGUGUACGACCCGCGUUUCAAUGACUGCUUUCCCGGAGAGCCCAGCACUACUACCACCACAACAACGACCACAACAACGACCCCUACAACUACGACCCCUACAACUACUUCAACCACAACUACAACGACAACUCCACGUCCAACCUUCCCGCAUCUUUCGUACAACCCUUGCACUGCGUCGGCGACAGGGCGGUUCUUUCCCUACCCUCCUGACCCUACCAAAUACAUAGAAUGUUCCAACUGGCCCUGGUAUGGCUAUCUCAAGUCCUGCGAUAAGGACAAGUACUGGGACCAGAUGGACCUCACUUGUACAUACAAAGAUGUCGUACGCCCCACCGAUAGAACCUUGGACAAGAGCUUGCCUAACCCUUGUCCACACCCUUUAAAUACAGGGGACCUGUUCUUCUAUCCCCACCCGAGCGAUAAGCACAUGUUCAUCCAUUGUGACCAAUACGGCGAUGCUUAUGAAAAGCAUUGCCAGGGAACCGAGGUAUGGGUCCAGACUGUGCUACAGUGCUUGCCUGUGGGUUUCGUUAUUGGUUGAGUGUUUGUUUUAGUGCCUUUAUUUGUUUUUAGCUCGCUAAAGGAAUCACCAAUUUAAAAAAUUAAUUUUAAAAAGUCUUGUUUUCUUUGGGAAAACACACACAAUUUUGUUUUAUUCUUUCUUACUUGCGUUUCUUUCACCGGAAUUAUUAUCGAAAAUAUACUCUAUAUAUGUUUUUCAAAUUGUGAUAAAGAUUCAAUUAUCAAUAAAAUUGUUUUCAUUGAUGCUUCAA